CACAUGUCCCUUGCCCGAGAAGAUUUGAUACCUGAAAACAGCCAUGGAGUGGAAAGUGCUUCCUAUUCACCUGUUGGUGUUUUGUCUUUUCUUGAUACAAGUUUCUUCUCAAGAUUUACCAAGCUGUGCAGGGAGAUGUGGGGAAGGGUAUACUAGAGAUGCCGCCUGCAACUGUGAUUAUAACUGUCAAUACUACAUGGAGUGCUGUCCUGAUUACAAGAAAGUCUGCACUGUGGAGCUUUCCUGUAAAGGCCGUUGCUUUGAGUCAUUUGCCAGAGGGAGAGAAUGUGACUGCGAUGCUGCCUGUAAGAAGUAUGGCAAGUGCUGUGCAGAUUAUGAGGACUUCUGCAAAGAAGUGCAUAAUCCCACAACACCACCGCCAUCUCCAAAGACUCCACCGCCAUCUCCAAAGACUCCACGGCCAUCUCCAGAAGCUCAGACCAUCAAAUCAACAACUAAACGUUCCCCGAAAACUCCCAAGAAGAGGACCCCUGACAAAGUGGUAGAAUCAGAGGAAAUAACAGAAGAACAUUCUGUUUCUGAAAAUCAGGAAUCCUCCUCUUCCUCUUCUUCUUCCUCUUCAACUGUUCGGAAAACCAAGUCUUCCAAAAAUUCAGCUGCUAAUACAGUACCCAAGAAGAAACCCAAAGCUAAUGAUUCCAAGAAGAAGAGAACCCCCAAAGACAAGCCUGCUCCAGCACCUCCAGUUGUAGAUGAUGCAGGAAGUGGAUUAGACAAUGGACCUUUCAAGCCCACUGCUGCUCCUAAAGCUGCUGUUCCUACCUCCCAGCCCAAUAAAGUCACCACAACACUCAAAAUGACAACAGCAGCACCACCAGUAACUUCUAAGGAGAGUAAUAAGGUCACAUCUAAAGAGACAACUAAAACAACUGAAAAGGAGACAUCAACAGCUACUAAAGAGACAUCAGCUGUAACAAAAGAGGUGACUAGUACAGAUAAACAUACCUCAACUACAGGUAAAGAGACAACUACUUCAGCAAAAGAAACACUGACUACAGAGACAAUGACAGCUGCUAAAGACCCUAAGCCCACACCUAAGGACCCUGAGCCCACACCCAAAGACCCCAAACCUACACCUGAGGACCCUAAGACCACACCCAAAGACCCCAAACCUACACCUGAGGACCCUAAGCCCAUACCCAAAGACCCCAAACCUACCCCUGACGACCCUAAGCCCACACCCAAAGAUCCCAAACCUACCCCUGAGGACCCUAAGCCCACACCCAGAGACCCCAAACCUACCCCUGAGGACCCUAAGCCCACACCCAGAGACCCCAAACCUACCCCUGAGGACCCUAAGCCCACACCCAGAGACCCCAAACCUACCCCUGAGGACCCUAAGCCCACACCCAGAGACCCCAAACCUACCCCUGACGACCCUAAGAUCACACCCAAAGACCCCAAACCUACACCUGAAGACCCUAAGACCACACCCAAAGACCCCAGACCUACACCUGAGGACCCUGCUCCCUUCACCAAAGACACAACUUCUGCACCUACUACACCUGAAGUGACUACAAUUGCUAAGGAUAAAGUAACCGAAAAAGAUACACCUAAUAAUACUCCCAAAAUCACAGCUGUUCCACCUAAGGUGACAAGUACAACCACUAAAGUGACAACGAGAACAGCCAGUUCACCAAAAGUGACAACUAAAGUGACAACUACUACAGCUAAAGCAACAACUACUGCCACCAAAGUGACCACUACUACUGCUAAAGAGACAACUACCAAAGCUGAAGAAACAGUGACUGUAUCAGAUGAGAAAACUCCCAAAGUGACAACUCUUACACCUAAAAAGCCAACUCCUGAAGUGACAACUACCACAACCAAAGAGACAACUACCACAACCAAAGGGACAACUGCUGCACCGGAUGAGACUACAACAACCCCCAAAGUCACCCCUAAGCCUAAAACGACAACUCCUGUCCCUAAAGUGACAACUACCACAACCAAAGAGACAACCGCUGCACCGGAUGAGACUACAACAACCCCCAAAGUCACCCCUAAGCCUAAAAUGACAACUCCUGUCCCUAAAGUGACAACUACCACAACCAAAGAGACAACUACCACAACCAAAGAGACAACCGCUGCACCGGAUGAGACUACAACAACCCCCAAAGUCACCCCUAAGCCUAAAAUGACAACUCCUGUCCCUAAAGUGACAACUACCACAACCAAAGAGACAACUACCACAACCAAAGAGACAACCGCUGCACCGGAUGAGACUACAACAACCCCCAAAGUCACCCCUAAGCCUAAAACGACAACUCCUGUCCCUAAAGUGACAACUACCACAACCAAAGAGACAACCGCUGCACCGGAUGAGACUACAACAACCCCCAAAGUCACCCCUAAGCCUAAAAUGACAACUCCUGUCCCUAAAGUGACAACUACCACAACCAAAGAGACAACUACCACAACAAAAGAGACAACUGCUGCACCAGAUGAGACUACAACAACCCCCAAAGUCACCCCUAAGCCUAAAACUACAACUCCUGUCCCUAAAGUGACAACACCCAAACCAGUGACAACAACAAAAGAGACAACCACAAAAGCUAAGGAAACAACCAUUGUAACAAAAGACAGAACUACUCCUUUGGUUCCAACUCCUGACCCUAAAGUGACCAACAAGAAGACUCCAUCUGCACCUAAGGAACCAGUAACUACACCUAAAAUCACAACUACAAGUGAAGAGACAUCAGCAGUAACUGAAGUGAGCUCUACGCCACUGGCUGAGACUAUCCUUCGAACCACUCCUGGACCCAACAGAAGGCCAAACUUGGAAAUAACAACUCCUCUUACUAUACCAGAACUCACUCCAAAGAAUGAAGAUGUAAAUAUUUUCGAGCAGCAGAAGCCUUACCUGAAUCCUAGGCCUCCCGUGUUUAUUCCAAUAGGUAUCCCGGGUUUUAGCAUCUAUGGGGGAAGACCCAGUCAAGGCAUUGUUAACAUCCCAAUGCUUUCAGAUGAGACUAACUUAUGCAAUGGGAAGCCAGUAGAUGGACUGACUACUUUGCGCAAUGGGACAUUGGUCGCAUUUCGAGGUCAUUAUUUCUGGUUGUUGAAUCCAUCCACUCCACCAUCACCAGCUCGAAGAAUUACUGAAGUUUGGGGUAUCCCUUCUCCCAUUGACACUGUCUUUACUAGAUGUAACUGUGAAGGAAAAACUUUCUUUUUUAAGGAUUCUCAGUACUGGCGAUUCACCAAUGAUGUAAAAGAUCCAGGUUAUCCUAAAUCAAUUGUUAAAGGAUUUGGAGGUCUAAAUGGGAAAAUAGUGGCAGCUCUAUCGAUAGCAAAAUACAAAAACAGGCUGGAAUCUGUGUAUUUUUUCAAGAAAGGUGGCACCAUUCAACAGUAUACUUACCAACAGGAACCAAUUAAAAAGUGUUCUAGAAGAUCCACUGUAAACUAUUCAGUUUAUGGAGAACCCACCCAAGUCAGGAGGCGUCGCUAUGAGCGGGCUAUCAUUCCCUCCCAAACACAUACCAUUAGAAUAAGCUAUUCACCUGUCAGAGUCACUUAUCAAAAAGGUUUGCUGCAUAAUGAAGUUAAAGUGAAUACACUUUGGAGAGGCCUUCCAAAUAUGGUUACCUCAGCUAUAGCACUGCCUAACAUUAGAAAACCUGAUGGCUAUGAUUACUAUGCCUUUUCCAAAGAUCGAUAUUACAACAUUGAUGUGCCUAGCAGAACAGCAAACUUAAUCAUCACCCGUUCUGGACAGACACUAUCCAAUGCCUGGUAUAAAUGUCCUUAAGUCUGAUUUCAAAAGAAAUGAAAAACUUAAAAGAAAAUAAUAUUUUGAGACAAAAACGAUUUUAUUAAAAGUUGUUGAAAUGUGUGCAUACCAAUUUAAGUACAAAGCACGUUUAACCUCAGCAAUCACUACACUAAAACACUAGCAGAUAUGACAGUCUUAUUAACAAUUAAAAUAACAGUUUACAAAACUUUUAAUUAAUAUUUCCUCUGUUUAAUCCUCCUCUGCCUCCCAUUGCAUGGGUGACACCUGUAGGAGGAAAAAAAAGAAGCAAAUAUAAAUAUUCCCUUUAAAAAAAAAUCUAUCAACAAGGGUGUCAGGUUUUCCACUCUAUUUUUAUGACAGGCUAGAAUGCAAAUGAUUUCCAGUUUUUAUUACUAUUACAUAUUUAAAAGUGAGUUUUACAUUUUUAUGACACUAAGACUCAGUAUACAAUUUCUGUGUAGGAAAGUAGGAUAAAGGAACUAUUAAAAGACUCCUCCAUCUUUGUAUUAGUUAGGUAGAAUCACCUAAAAAUACUUUCAUUUGUGUUACAUGUAAAGAGGAAACAUGGGAAGUGAUGGUUAAAGAUCAGAUACAACAUUUCAAUUUUUCAAAUUUUAUUUUAGAUGAGGAAAGAACAUAAUUACAUAAUGUGUCAUCAGUCAAAUGUAAUGAUGCAAUAACCCUCUUUCCCCAAAUUAGUCCCUAAAGUAUACAUAUUUGGUAGAGAAUGUUAAUUUGCUCAGGUUUAGGACUCUUGUUCUGAUUCACAUGAACUAUUUCUCCCUCCUGCCCCUCCACCCAACCAUGUUCUUAGUCAUGAGAGAAUCUUACCUCUUUGUCGGUUAAACUGACGACCCCGGACACCUGUUCUCAAAGUCUGAGGCUGGAGCCUAACUCGUCU